UAUACCUCCUCUGUCACAGAUCACACAUACUGCUGUACAGUCCAUCUCUGAAGGAAUGAGUGAGUGAGUGAGUGAAUGAAUGAAUGAACAUCAGCAGUGUCCUGACUUCAGUUUUGAAGCGCGCAUUGAGUAGGACCAAGUGGUGCCGGCGACCUUUGCCACCGCCCCCAAGGGACGCCCAAAACGUCAUGAAGCUCAUCAUUGAUUGCGACGCCGGGGUCGAUGACGCCAUGGCCCUCAUCAUGGCCCUGGACUAUGUGAGGAAAGGGAAGGCCCAAGUCCUGGCCGUCACUUGCGUCCAGGGCAACACUGGGCUGGACAACGUGGUGGUCAACGUGCUGAGGACCAUGAACGCCAUGGAUAUCCAGGUUCCAGUUUACAGAGGUGCCAAAGAUCCUCUGAUUGGCCCCUACAUCAGACAUGGUCCCCCCUUCCAUGGUGAAGAUGGACUAGGUGAUGCACACUUUGACACCACUCCAGACCUCAGUGUGGUGUCCAGUGAACAUGCCUCACUGGCCAUUGCAAGACUUGUGAGGGACAAUCCUGAUGAAGUGACUCUGAUUGCAACUGGGCCCCUCACCAAUGUCGCCUUGGCCAUCAAAAUGGAUCCCGACUUCACAAAGCUCCUCCAUAGUUUCUACAUCAUGGGCGGAAAUUUGAACGGUCGCGGGAACAUCACGACUUGUGCCGAGUUCAACUUCCACAACGACCCGGAAGCUGCCCUGGUCACCUUGACCGAGUCCCUGACCCCGCCGAGGAUGAUCACUUUCGACCUCUGCAUUUCCCAGGCGCUUUUCUCGCUCGAUUGGAGGAAGAACAAACUUGGUCAGAAAGCGACUCGGCAAGCCCGAUUUCAAAACAAGAUUGAAGACACUCUGUUGAAGGCGUUCGAAAAGUACUACGGGGACUACUCCAUGUGGGACCAGGUGGCCGUGGCGGCAGCCCUGAACCCGGGCCAAGUCGUGACAGAGGCGUCCUCUGCGUGUGCCAGCGUGGAACUCGCGGGACAACACACCCGGGGACAAAUGAUCAUCGAGUCUCGGCUUCGGCAGGACGACCGGAAAAACAACGUCGUCAUCGUCGACAAAAUCGACAAGACCGCGCUCGAAAACAUGGUGUUGGACGCGUUCGACUGACUGACUUGACCAUUCAAGCAUCGUGAUGGAAAAAGAAAGUUAUACAUAACGACGCGUGUCAGAUGAGCCCAUCAUAUCUCGUGUCAAAACUGCCCACGACUAUUAAUGUAUAUGAAUGAUUUGGAAAUUCCGCCGAAUUUUCGAAACCACCCUCAUCGAUCCUGGCUUAUCAUUUGUUUUUUUCUUUUUCAAUGUUGAGCGAGAAAUUAAAUUCAGCGCACCGCGAUUAUAGUGAUACUCUAUACUUCUUGGCCAAUCAAAAAUGUGUGAACUCGACAUGGAUAUAUUUUAGAUAUGAUCAAAAUGUCAGCAAUUUGAAAAUGGGUGUUCAUAAACGAACGUGAAGAAGAAGAAGAAGAAGAAAUAAUGAAAUACGCGAAAAUGAAUCUUUGGGAAUGAAUUCAGCGCGUUUUGAAAGUGCCGGUACUAAAAAAAAUUCGAAGACAACGAAAGAAGCCAAUAUGCUGAUGCCGAUUUUCAAAGACCCCCCAGGGUUGUUGAAGAAAAAUGAAUGAAAACGGUCUUCCCAACAACAAAAGCAAAAAAACCUGCUGCUGAAGUUUUUUACUCAUCCGUGUCAU